GCUUUUAAUGCGCCACUCCUCAGUUAGGUUUCACUUUCAUUUCUCCCUUUCAAUUUUGUUUCAUCAGUAACGUGUUUGUACCGCAGUGGUUUUAUAGCCUAUAGCUAUAUCAUUGGUAGGGAAAGGUCAUCAUUAACCAGACUUUGAUUCGCCGCUGCUGUAGAGACAUCCUCAGUCAGAGACAAGACCGCAUUUAUCCAAAUUAACGCUGCUGACAACGGUCUCAUCAGUGGGACGAUCAUGGCCAGAAGGCAGGGGUGUUUCACAAUUCCCCCUGGCCCUGAAUCAGGAGGAGGAGUGAAAAUGCAUCAAUACACCACUCGUCCAGAUUCAGACUACCUUUCCUCAAACCUUACCGGAUUGUCAGGGUUGAGGAGUAAUGAAUUCAACGUGGUCUCAGAACAUUUCGUAUUAUUCUGGCAAGGACGGUUCUCUGUGGAAGAUCCAGCAUCAUAAAUGUGAACGUCAUGUGAUCUGGCAAAAGCAAUUCUUACCAUAUUUCACUGAACUUAAACUGAAUCCUGAUUCGUCAUAUAAUAAACUCCAUCUGACUGAGAAGAACAGCGUGGUGACAAGGAUGGACAAGGAGCAGCGAAAGGAUGACGGUCCUGGGAGAUUCACGCACAUCGCUCAGGUGACGUGUGCACCGCUGAAGAGAAGUGCGAAAGAUCGCUAUUACUGGGAGGUGGCAUGGAGUGGGGAGGAGGGGGUUAAAAUAGCAGUCUCAUACAUGGGAAUCCAGAAGUUCGGUCUGCAUGAUGUGUGUCGAUUUGGACGCAACCCACUGUCCUGGAGUCUAGAAUGCACUAAGGCUGGUUUCUCUUUCUGGCACAACAACGUGAAGAAGAACAUCCCUGUUGAAUACGUCUCCUCCAGAAUUGGAGUCUUCCUCGACUAUGAGGCAGGAACUCUUUCCUUCUUUGACAGGCCUUACCUUAGUUGUGACACACUGAAACUCCUCUAUAAGGUUGAGACUGAAUUCACAGAGGAUCUCUUCCCUGGGUUUUGGCUUGGCUUGGGAUCCACUGUGGGGAUGUGCCGAAAGGAGAGAGAGCAUGCAGCAAAGCACCACCAUUACACAGAUUAUGAUGAUGACUCGUAUUAAGAUGUUUUAGAACAAUGAAUGAUCAUUAUCUGUUAGCAAGAGAUGGAUGAGUUGACAACAGAUACAUGAGAAGGAAUGGGCUGUAAUAUAAUGAGCUGAUAAUAAUAUUCAACAUGUGAAUCCCAGGAGUCUGCGAAAUUCCAGUGAUCUUACAUUUUCCACAUUCCGAUAGCUAUAACUUUUCUCUUAGUGUAUACCAUUUUGCUGUCAACUUUGAACAUAACUCACAAAUAAAAACAUUCUACAUCCAA